AUGUCAACCUUUGUUCAUAUGGAGGCUUCGCUCAUCGUGUUGAAAGCCGAUUUGCCCAAGUGGACUUCCAUGCCUAAGUUGCAGUUUCUUCAGAUCCAAGCAUUCAAAUUUUUGACUGUUAAAGUGGCAGAGCAGAAUGUCAAGUUCUGGAGUUUAGACAUCAAUGUCAUCAUUAUUUCAUACAAAGGCGGCGGGGAAGAACACGACUCAUUCCUCAAAUCCUCCUCACAGAGUGAGAUAUACAGCACACACUUAGAAAUGUUAGCUUUUGUGCAGAUCAAUGCGCUGUUGUGGACUGAUAUACUAGCUGCAUAUGCAAUGUGGAUGACCAUGGCAUACUUAACUGACGCAUGGAAGCUCAACCUCAAGCACGCCGCUGCAAUUAUCAAUUUGUUCUGGGGCAUGGCGGCCAUAAUGCCAGUGGGCUUGCAAUUUUUUGUGGAUACUUUCAUGGGUUACUAUUGGAUGGUCUUGCUCUCCAGUUUUUCCUACAUCGCUGGCUUAGGUUUUCUGUCAAUGUUAACACCACCAGACCUUGCUGCUGCAACAGCCACUUGCAGCGCAUAUGAUCCCGAGUGUAUCGGCCAAGGGCAAAAAAUCCUCUUUUUCACAGCUUUAGCUCUAAUAGCUGUGGGAUUUUCUGGUCACUUAGUCUCUGUACCACAAUUCAUGGCUGACCAGGACUCACACUCAAACCGUAGGGACAGCAGCCUCCGUCACUUGGUCAUAAGCUUUAUGGUGAUCCAUGUCCCUAUAGCGGCUUUUGCUAUCUAUUAUGGCAUCCCUGCCAGAAAAAGGGGUUUGUCUUCAGCAGGGAAAGGGUCUGGGCCUUCAAUAAAGGCUAGCCUGCAGAAGACAAAAAUAAGGGAAACAGUCGUUAAGCUCCGGGCACCGAUGUGGUGCCAGCCGAAGGCUCUCCGAUGCUUAAGUCAGCUAAGAAGGGUAACUUUUGCAGAGGAAGUGAAAGUGGGAGGUUGGUGUAGAUUUCCGAUGUGGGACUUUGUGCAAGUCGCCGCGGUGUCGGGAGUUUCGGCAGGUGCUUGGCACCUCGGAAGAGUGUCUUCCUUCGGCAGGAGAGAAGGCGUGUCUGCCUUGGUGCUAGUUGUUUUGAGACUGGAUAUGCUCGGUUGA